AUGUUAGCGAAAUUAUGGUCUUCAAAUGUGGCAUAUAGAGCAGGUUCUCGAGUAUCCUCGGGUUCUCCCGUCCAACUACGACCGAGGCCGUACACUAGGAGUUCUCUGGUGACUGAGGAGGAUGGGAACGACUGGCGUUUCAGGCUGGUUAUAGCUUUUGUCGCAUUUAUCCUGCUUUCUGCCGAUUUAUUGAUCGAAUUCGGCUCGGGUUCGUCUGACGUCGCGUCGGGGAACAUGAUCGCCACUGGGUACGGGGCUGCCGGGAGGUCACAGCCACUGGAUGUGAGAAGGAACAGUGACGGAACGUGGAGCCCGGCAUUACGCUCUCAACGUAUUGUGAAUGCUACGUACCAAGUCUACGAGGUGGACCUGGUACCUGAUGAAGCAUGGGGAAUCACUGAGCGGGACAUACAAGUCAUUAAGAGCACCAGAAGUGCGGUCGAGGUUGAGGGACGAGUCAUCAGUUCGGCCAUUCCGGAUCAAUGGAUGCUAACAGGAAAUGGCAGAGAGUUAUGGUUCUCAGGCCGUGCCGGGGCGGCGUUGGUGAAAGACGACAAGUUGCUGAUCACUACUGGCCUCGCAUCAUUCGUCCUGCUGGAAACAAGCUGGACAGGGGAGGCGUCAAUCGCAGUCACUGAGAUAGUGUCCAAUCUUCUAUUUGUCACUUAUUUGCAAAUUUGCAGUGACUACAACAUCACUGUAACUGUUAGGAUGGACAAGUUACCACAGUUGAUGCUCGACUGUGACGGGAACACCGAAUAUCCAGCAAGCUGGCAAGUUGUUUGUGUGGACGUCAGUAUUAGGCCAAGUGAGGUUGUAAGGCACGAUGGAAACCUGUUGCCGCCCGCCUUGACAACCCUCAAAAGCCAAAGUAUCAAAAUAGACUACGGCAAGAGGGUCGAAAUGAAAAUACCAUGGGCCAUAUUCGACGAGGUGGACAGCCGCCCGUCUAGUUCUCCUGACCGCAGUAUACGCACAGAGACUUUUAACGGGGAGAAUGCCACUCUCGUCGUGACAGAGACGGGGGGAAUGCUUAUGAUGCGAGAGGGGCGUCAGGUGACAUGUUGCCUUAGUGUGAUAGGCGACAUGGACAACAAGGGGCUUCCUGCUUGUAGAAUGCAGGACGGGCGCAGCGAAAAUGAGGCGGAUGCCAUGUUCAAAGCGUUGCAGUUAGCCUCUGCGGACUACAACAAGAUCUGGCGGAUAUAUCAUAGUUGGAUAAAGGGGGAUGAAGAAAGGUCUCAGACUGAGGUGAAUUGGAUAUCGACGGAGCUACAGACUGAACUGGGUAGCCUGAUCUCGGACGUCAAGACCGUGGCAACUAUCAAUAUUUUCUUCAUAAUCGGGGUCGGUAUAAUCCUCGUUACUUUUCUCGUAGGGGCGUCUGUGCAUGUGUUUUACAGGUUGAAGCUGGUGAAGGUGGAACCGAGCUGUCGACGCAUCACGCUAGAGACUAGCCGCAGGGUUUUGGCGAUGUCAGCAAGUUGCAAAUACAAUUGCGGCAUGGUGCCCGGGGCGCCGCCUCGAACAUCAGUAGUCCGGAGCGGUGACAAGACAUGUCACUUGGACACGUCAUAUUCUUUGCAGGACGACUCGAUAAGUGCAACCGAGGCUGCAAAGGAAGGGCUAGUGCUGGUGGGACGCAGGGUGCGAGCACGCGACGGAGAAGAAGCACAGUCGGAGGGUUCCCUGCCUCAUUCCUGUGCGGUCGGACGUGUGGCUGCGGCAUACCGCUCUCGGGGCAGGGGAAGGCGGAACGACGAGCACAGGAUUGCGUGGGUGAAGAGCCCAGGUCGAUCCAAGACGCUGCUGGCGUUGGUGAGGAAGGAUGGGCGGAUGCGUCCUUUGGAAAGACUGUGAGGGCGGUAGGGAUGAUAUCAAUUGAUAGCAAGAUUGAAUCAAUCUUGAUCGGGUGACGGAGGACUUGAUGUAAGAAUUAUGAAGUAUAAGGCGUUUCCAGUGUAA